ACUCAACUCAGUCGGGACGGGGGGAUUCGGCGCUGUCCUGAAGUACUGGGUGGGAGUCUCUCACUCUCUGCGACUGAUCGCCGGCCUGGGGCAGUGGGAUCGGUCUAACGAUGGGAGGGAUUCAUGGAUUGCUGGGUGUCUUUGUCAUCUCAUCAUACUUUCUUCUCAGUCAUGGCCAGAAAGUUGAUUGCACUCAGGAGGCCAUGGCCGAUAUAGUUUUCUUGGUGGACGGCUCUGCCAGCAUUGGCCUGACCAACUUCCAGCAGAUCAGGGAAUUCCUGUCGUCACUAGUGACACACUUUGACAUUGCUCCCAACAAGGUGAGGAUAGGCCUGGUCCAGUACAGCGACACGCCUCGUACCGAGUUUUCCCUCAACACCUACGAGGACAAGCAGGAGAUUCUCGACUUCAUCAAGGUCUUGCCGUACAAAACCGGUGGCACCAACACGGGCGAGGGGCUGAAGUUCCUCCUGCAACAUCACUUCGUCGAGGCCGCGGGAAGCCGAGCCAAAAAAGGCGUGCCCCAGAUCGCCGUGGUGAUCACGGACGGCAACUCUCAGGACGAGGUCGAGCCAUACGCCGAGGAGCUGAGGGAGAAGGGAAUCAAGAUAUACGCCAUUGGGAUCAAAGACGCCGAUGAGAAGCUGCUGAAGGAGAUCGCUACCCAGCCGUACGAUCAGCAUUUGUUCAGUGUAUCUGACUUUGAAGCCCUGCAGGGUAUCAUGCUGAACGUCACUCAGGAGAUCUGCACCACAGUGGAGAGGGAGGGUGAGAUUAACUCAGUGCCAGAGUGCAAUGAGUUUGCUGCAGCAGAUAUCGUCCUGCUUGUGGAUUCCUCAGACAACAUUGGAGAAAACUACUUUAGAGAAAUCCAGAGCUUCCUUCGAGUUUUUAUACAGGAUCUUGACGUAAAUGUGGGCAAGGUGAAAAUUGGGCUUGCCCAGUACAGCGACAGACCCUACCCAGAGUUCCUCCUGGGUGAGUAUACAGACAAGGCCGAUCUGCUGAGGAAGCUGGGCAGCAUCAGGUACCGCAGGGGCAGGGCCAAUACCGGUGCUGCUCUGGACUUCAUUCGGGAGGGCUUCUUCAGCCAGGCCCGGAAAAACGUCCCCCAUAUUGCCGUACUGAUCACUGAUGGGGUGUCUAGUGAUGCUGUGGAGGAGCCUGCACAGAAGCUCAGAAUGCAGGGAGUCAUCACCUUCGUAGUAAAGACUGGAGAGGCUAAUAUUCUGCAGCUACGUGCUAUCGCUAAUAGUCCCCAGCAGGAGUUCCUGUUUAGCGGUGACAGUAACCAAAAGCUGCAGGAACUGGCUGAGAACCUGCGCAGAAAAGUGUGCAUCGCUAUCGAUAGCCAGUCACAAGCAUUUUCACUGAAGUUUGCAGACAUAUUUUUCCUGGUCGACAGCGCAGCAUCGAGACAAGAGUCUCAACAAAUUAGGAACUUCAUAUCAAGGCUGGUCAACCAGCUCAACGUAGGGAAGAACACUAACCGCAUUGGCCUGGCACAAUUCAGUGAGAACGUUGAGGAAGAAUUCCUAUUUGAUAAUGAUAAGACCAAGAACGAGAUCGUGUCAAGCAUCCGGAAUCUACAGCUGAAGCCUAAAGGGUUACGGCGGAUUGGAAACGCCAUUAACCAUGCCCGCACACGCUUCUUCACCCCUGCUGCCGGCAGCCGCAUCGCUGAGGGCUUCAAGCAGUUCCUGCUGGUGGCGACCGCAGGCAGUUCUGUCGAUGAUGUCGUUCAGCCAUCUCGUCAAAUCAAAAAGGAGCCUGUGAACCUGAUCGCUGUGGGCGUGGGUCGACCGGACAUGGAUGAGCUGAAGGACAUUGCUAGUCCCACACUGAGCUACAAGUUAGAUUCCAGGACAAUGCCGGUGCUCCCACAGCAAAUCAAGGCAGUGAUUGAUUCUCCAGAGGGGCACAAGGUAACAGAAGAUUGUAGGUUAGCUGAGGUUGCAGACGUCGUGUUUAUCGUGGACAAAUCUGGCAACAUGGGGCCGGAAAACUUUCAGCUUGUUCGCAACUUCCUCCAGAACACCAUUUCAGGCCUGGACGUUGGCACGGACAAAGUGAGGGUAGCCAUCGUCGACUACAGCGAUGAACCUAGAGCAGACGUGUAUCUGAACACCUUCUCCAACAAGAGCGAAAUCCUGCAGCAUGUUAAGAAGCUGUCUUAUGGCAGAGGGAAAGCGAACACCGGAGAAGCUCUGAAGUACGCCAAAGACUAUGUUUUUACCAAGGAGAGAGGGAGUCGAAGUGAUGAGUACGUUCAGCAGAUAGCCGUGGUCGUCACGGAUGGAAAGUCCUCGGACGACGUCAGCGCCCCGGCGGCAGAUUUGCGCCGGUCAGGCGUCACUGUUUUUGCAGUGGGGAUUAAGAGCUUUGAUAAUUUGAAAGAGAUGGCAUCCUAUCCACAGGACAAAUUUGUGUUCAGCGUGGGGAAUUUCACGAAGCUCAACGCACUAUCAGGCGUGGUAACGAAGAGGAUUUGUCGAGACAUCUCCAGUGUUUUCAUCCCUCUGUUGAAAAAUAUCACCAUUCAGAAAGGUUGCAAGUUCACUGCUGAAGCUGACAUCUACUUCCUACUAGACGAAUCCGGGAGCAUCACCUACGAUGACUUUGAUGACAUGAAAGCGUUCAUUUUAGAGUUCCUUCACAUGUUUCAGAUCGGCCCAGAUCAGGUGCGCAUCGGCGUGGUGAAGUUUGCGGACCGCGCCACCAUCGUGUUCCGCCUGAACACUUACGACAGCAAAUCUGCUGUGGAAAAAGCCGUGAAGGACCUCUUCAUGGAGGGAGGAGGCACCAGGACCGAUUUGGGACUGUAUGCGAUGAUCCCUCUGUUCAAGCAGGCCGAACAAACCCGCAAAGAAAAGGUCCGGGAGUUGCUGAUCGUGAUCACGGAUGGCAAAUCUGAGCCGGUAGGGACACCGGUGAAGGUUCCUGCUGAAGAACUGAGGAAGCAGAACGUCACUAUCUAUGCUGUUGGAGUGAAGAAUGCGGACACGGCUGAGCUGGAAGACAUGUCUGGCAGCCCUAAAAGGACAUUUUAUGUCCAAAACUAUGACGCCCUGAAGCUUAUCAAAACCAAAAUCCUUAAAGAAAUUUGCUCAUUUGAAGCUUGCAACGAUCUCCUGGCGGACGUGGUCUUCCUUAUUGAUGGUGCAGAUGCAGUUGACGCAGCAGAUUUCCAGCAGGCAAAGGAUUUGAUUGACUUUGCUGUGGAAAAGCUUCCCAUUCGAGAAAACAGGGUUCGACUUGCUGUCGUUCAGUACAGCACAAACACAAAAGUGGAAUUUGCUUUGAAUGAAUUCUAUGACAAAGACAGGAUACAGAAGCAAAUAGUAGCUAUAAAGCAGCUCAAAGGCAAAACCUACACAGGCAGAGCUCUUACGGAAGUGUGGCAGGCAUUCGAAGAGUCCAGAGGAGGACGUCCUAAUGUUCUACGGUUCCUUGUGGUCGUUACUGAUAGCUCGUCUAAAGAUGAUGUGGUAGCGCCCGCUAUGGCUCUCAGAGAGAAGAACGUCAAUGUUUAUGCUGUCGGUAUGGGACAUGCUAGCCAAUCUGAGCUGCUGGAUAUCUCGGGAUCCUAUGAGACAGCAUACUUGGAAAAUCCCUUUGGUUCUCUUCAGGUUUUGGGCAGCGAACUGGUCUUCAUGAUCUGCAAUACUGAGUGCAAGAGACCUGAGCUCAUAGACAUAAUCUUCCUAGUGGAUGGAGCUGGCGCCAUUAACAAAGAAACAUUCCAGGAUAUAAAAAUCUUCAUGGAGACUGUAGUGACCAAGACGGAGGUCGGAGAAAAGCGAGUUCGCUUUGGCCUCGUCAUCUACGCAGACCGAGCUCAGUCUGUGUUCACCCUGAACCAGUACUACAAAAAGAGUGAGGUUCUGGAGGCCAUCUCGAAGCUGCGCACCAUUGGUGGUCGCAGAAACACAGCCCAGGCUCUAAAAUCCACACUGCCCUACUUCUCUGCGGCAUACGGAGGACGGCGUGCCCAACACGUUCCUCAAGUCCUGUUCUUAAUCACAGAAGGCCCAGUUGCUGACUCCUUCAGUCUGGCAGACUGGCCUGCGAAUCUUGCAGCUUCAGAGGUCAACAUGUUUGCUGUUGGGGUGGCAGGAGCUCGAGAGGCGGAGCUCAGGAGAAUCGCAGGAAACAACCAGAGGGCAUUUUAUGUGGACACAUACAGUCAGUUGGAAACACUGUGCAAACCUAUCACUCAGCAGCUCUGCAAUCUGACUAAACCAGUGUGUGAGAAGGAGGUGGCGGACCUAGUCAUUUUAAUUGAUGGAUCAGAAUCGGUUAGUGCUCUGGAUUGGGGAACUCUUAAGUCGUCUUUGAUCAACCUCGUCAGAAAACUGGAAAUCGCUCAGGACAGAUGGCGAGUUAGUGUGGCUCAAUUCGGCGAUGCGGCGCCGGAUCGCUUCUACCUGAACAAAUAUAUCAAUCUAGCAGGAGUUGAACAGGGCAUACGAGCUCUUUCCCAAAGGAGGCAAAGCACCAAUACUUGGACUGCUUUGAGAUUUCUCCAGGACUAUUUUGAGCCAGAGCACGGAAGCAGGAUGAACGCUAGAGUUUCUCAGAAUUUGCUGCUGAUCACUGAUGGCAGAGCGACAGAUAAGGAGGAUCUGGGUGUUCUAGCAAGUCUCAGAGCUAAGAAUGUUGAGAUAUUUGCCGUUGGAAUUGGCAAAAAUAUAAACCGCCAUGCUCUUCUGAAAAUAGCGGGAUCAAAAGAGCGAGUCUUCCUUGAGAGCUUCGAGAGCCUUCCACUGAAGACCACCACCGCCAAGGUGCUCCAAGCCAUUUGCAGUCCGGAUGAAAUUCGGGAUCCACAGGGUUGCUCUAUUGACAUUGGUAUUGGAUUCGAUGUAUCUCGCAGAACAAGCUCGCAGCCUCUGCUGGGACCACACAGUGAGCCCCUUGUAGCUGCAGCUAUCCAUCACUUGUCUAUGAUGGGGGCGCUCUGCUGCCUGCCUGCCGACAAAAUUGAAACCAAGAUUGGCUUCCGAGUGGUUUCUGGACGCGAUGGAAGAGUUCUAGAUGACUUUAACUUUGAAAAGUAUGAUGAGAAUGUGGUGAGGAAGGUGCUGGAAUUGCGUCCCGCGACUCCCACGGCUUUCAACGCCUUUCUGCUGAACUCCUUCAUGCAGAAGCUCAGUUCCUCCCAGGCUGGAGUGAAGGUGGUGAUCCUCUUUACAGAUGGCUUUGACGAUACACUGGAGCAUCUAAAGGAGAGCUCAGAGAGCCUCAGAAAGAGCGGGGUCGAUGCACUGUUGAUUGUGGCUCUGAAUGGUAAUGUGAACUACCAGCAGUUGGAGUUCGGCCGAGGUUUCACCUAUAAUAGACCCCUGUCCAUCAACAUGCUGAAUGUGGGCAAUGCUCUGUUGGAACAGAUCGAGGGUGUGGCUUCAAGCGUGUGCUGCAAUGUGACUUGUUCGUGUAGCGGCCCUUUCGGCCCCACGGGGCUCCGUGGAGUCACAGGACCAAAGGGAAUCCCAGGACUCAGGGGCCAUCCUGGAUAUCCUGGUGACGAAGGAAGCAUGGGAAAAAGAGGAUUGCCUGGACUAAAUGGAACUCAUGGGCACCAGGGCUGCCCUGGAAAAAGAGGCCUCAAGGGAUCAUUAGGCUACAAUGGAGAACGGGGAGAAGAUGGAGAGAUUGGUCUGGAUGGUGUGGAUGGUGAGCAGGGUUCCUACGGCGUUGUUGGAGCAGCGGGACCAAAAGGAGAACCAGGGCGCCAUGGUGCAAAGGGAGUUCGAGGGACCCCUGGACCUAAAGGAGACAAAGGUGUCAGAGGAGAUGCUGGAGUUCCAGGAGUGGACAGCAGUGUGCCAGGCCCUAAGGGGGGACGGGGAUAUCUCGGCCUUCCAGGUGACCAGGGUCCAGACGGAGCUCCAGGGAGACGAGGAGAGCCCGGAGAGCCUGGGUUUCCUGGGAGGAAGGGGCCAGAAGGUCUUCCGGGAUUGACCUCCACUCUAAAGGGGGAAAGAGGACAACAGGGUCUUCCUGGGUAUUCAGGUUUGCGAGGCCCAGUUGGUCCUAAUGGCUUUAAAGGAGAGACAGGUGAUCAAGGUCUACCUGGAGUUCGGGGACUCUAUGGUCCAGUUGGAAGUAAAGGAUCUGUAGGAAAGCAAGGACCCCGAGGACCACUGGGUGAACCUGGAGAAACUGGUGAGAAAGGAGAUGUUGGACCAGAGGGUUUUAGAGGAGCUCUGGGUCACCCAGGUCCAGAUGGGUUUGGACCUCCAGGACGUAAAGGACAAAAAGGAACUCCAGGCUUCCCUGGUUAUCCUGGCUUGGUGGGUGAAGAUGGCACUAAAGGAUCUGUUGGAGACACAGGACCCAAAGGACACCAAGGAAUGCCGGGGAACAGAGGCAUUCGGGGACGUCCUGGAGAUCCUGGAGAGACGGGACCAGUUGGACACAGGGGCUCUAAAGGAUUAUCAGGAACCAGCUCAAAAACUGAAUGUGAGCUUGUGAAUUAUGUACGUGAAAACUGUGCUUGCUGUGUAGGUCACACCAAAUGUCCUGUGUACCCCACUGAGCUGGUCAUCGCUUUGGACACAUCUGCUGGUGUAACUCCUCAGGUGUUUGAUAGAAUGCGUUCUGCAGCCCUGUCUCUAUUGGAGGACAUCAGCAUCUCUGAGACGAACUGUCCAGCAGGAGCUCGGGUCUCUGUGCUUUCCUUCAACAGUGAAACCAAUUACCUCAUCCGUUUCUCAGACUACCAUCGGAAGAAGCUCCUUCUGGAGGCAGUAAAGGGUCUGUCUCUGCAGAGGAGCAGGAACAGUCGUAACAUUGGCCAGGCCAUGCGCUUCGUGUCUCAGAACGUCUUCAAACGGGUCAGAGAUGGGAAGCUCGUGAGGAAGGUGGCAGUAUUCCUCACGAACGGGCAGUCAGAUGACACCUCUGCCCUGAACACGGCCAUGCUGGAGUUCAAGGCUUUAGAUGUUCAUCUGGGAGUCAUUGCCUUCAACCCUGUUCCAGAUAUCGAGCGAGCCAUCCAGGCAGAUGAAACCAGGAGCUUCAUGAUUUUUGAUGCCCAGAGACACCAUCGGAUUAAAGAGUGCAUCAUCUGUUUUGAUCGCUGCAACCCAGACCAGUCCUGUGGCAUCAUUCUAAACCCUCCACCUGAAGAGGUGGAUGUAGACCUGACUGUAAUGAUGGAUGCGACAUCAGACCUGCAGGCUGAUCAGUACUUAAAGAUGAAGGAGCUCCUGAGCUCACUGGUGGAGGAAGUGGAUGUAAGUGCUCACCCCAGAAUCGAAGAUGGGAAGGCCCGCAUCGGUGUCUACCAGCAGAGCUCCAGCUAUGCCAACUUCAGCGUCCAGGAAGUAUUCGGCCUCAAUACGUUCACAGAGCGUAAAAUGAUGGGAAGAUACAUUUCCGAAGACAUGCGGCAAGCUGGCGGCUCAUCGCGCCUUGACUUGGCUUUGGAGUGGUUGGUAACCAAUGUUAUCAUGGAAGUAGAAGCCCCAAGGAAGAAGCAAAUGGUGCUGGCAGUUCUUGCUGAGGACUCUGGGUACUUGGACAAAGACUACCUGGACUACGUCUCUAAGCUGUGUGAAUGCCAGGAUGUGGUGCUGUUCACACUGACGGUGGGAGACAGAUUCAGCUGGACUCAGGCUGAGGAACUGACCACCACUCCACUGGUGCAGCACUUAGUGCAUCUGGGAAGGCUAGAACGGAGAGAGCUGAAGUACGCCCGGCGUUUCCUCAGAGCCUUCCUUCGCAUGCUGACCAGAGAUUUUUUCCCCAAACCCUCCUCUCAAAAUAGUGAGUGCAGCACUUUUGAACCCAGGCCGUUUGAGGGGCUUGGUCCUGUUCGUGUACCACAUAGACCAGAUGAGGGCCUUGGUCCUGUUCAGGUUCCUGAAAAACCAUUUGAGGGACUUGGUCCUGUUAUUCCACCACUAAGACCAGAAGAAGGUCCUGGACCUGUUAUUCCACCACUAAGACCAGAAGAAGGUCCUGGACCUGUUAUUCCACCACUAAGACCAGAAGAAGGUCCUGGGCCUGUUAUUCCAUCACUAAGACCAGAGGAAGGUCCUGGACCUGUUAUUCCACCAGAACAACCAUUUGAAGGACUUGGUCCUGUUAUUCCACCAGAACAGCCAUUUGAGGGACUUGGUCCUGUUAUUUCACCGCUAAGACCAGAAGAAGGUCCUGGACCUGUUAUUCCACCAGAACAACCAUUUGAAGGUCUUGGUCCUGUUAUUCCACCAGAACAGCCAUUUGAGGGACUUGGUCCUGUUAUACCACCAGAAAGACCAGAAGAAGGUCCUGGACCUGUUAUUCCACCAGAACAACCAUUUGAAGGACUUGGUCCUGUAAUUCCACCACGAAGUCCAGAUGAAGGUCUUGGUCCUGUUCGUGUACCUGAAAGUCCAUUUGAGGGGCUUGGUCCUGUUCGUCUACCAGAUGGUGUUGACCUGUACACCAUUGCUCCGGACAUCAUUCCAGCAACUACAGAGAUCGACAUCUUAGUUGAUGCUUUUACACUGGAGCCAUUUUUGGAAACGUCCACCUUUGUAGAUCAGUACGAGUAUCAGGAUGGAUACAUUAAUGACCACAGGAAGACAAACACAGAAACACUGGAGAAUUCUGAGAUCAUCAAGGAGAAUGAUGAAGAACAGAAAGAGGUAGAGGAGCACCAAAGUGGGCCAGACAAAUCUAAAGCUCACUGUUUGCUUGAUAGAGAUAUGGGCACGGUGUGCACAAGUUAUGAGCCCAGGUGGUUUUAUGAUCGACGCACAGGGAAAUGCACUCAUUUCUGGUACGGCGGCUGCGAUGGUAACAGCAAUCGCUUCCUUACAGAGGCUGAGUGCUUUGAGACAUGUGGAGGACUGGAUAUUGAAAGUCUUCUUAAGGAUAUGCCAUCAAUAUCUGAGGAUGUGUGCCAGCUUCCUCAUGACUUGGGCAAAUGCUAUAACUUUGCUCUGAAAUGGCACUUUGACACGUCCAUUCAGGAGUGCACACGGUUCUGGUACGGAGGAUGUGGAGGCAAUGGCAACAGGUUCGAGACCCAGGAGGAGUGUGAGGCUCGCUGUUUAAAAGCUCCGAACAGACUCUGAGAGGAGAAGAUCUGCAAGAUAUGACAAAACAUCCAAAGCCUUGGUUGUUGUGGAGUUAAUUUAAGUGGUAAUUAUAAAUGGAUUUCUUUUUAUUCUAACAUCAAUUAAUUUACCAAACUUUAAUCACUACUCUGAUAGCUCUAAGCAAAAAGUAAGCAGGUUUAGAACAAAUCCAUGACAAAUCCAUGACAUCACUGAAAGUCUACGAGUCAAACGUUUUAAGCUGUAUUAAUCAUUGUCUAUAUGAGUACUGGUAUUUUACUGGUUUGGAUUUAUAAAUAUUGUUAUAGAGGAAAAAAGGAAAAACUUGAAUAUAUUCAACACCAGAAAACAUCUUGGUUUAUUAAAAACAUGUUCUAUGCAAUAUUUAUGUUGCUGGAUGUGUAUAAAAGCUGAAUUUCAUAAACAUUUGUUUUGAGUUUGUUUUUGUG